UACAAAGGUUCUUCUAAGAAGUUGCUGUUAACUAGUGUUGUGUUAAACAAUGCGUAAAUUUUUUUAUCAGUUUAUAUUCUCUUUGAAAUAUAUUAGCUAUAUCAAAAACUCUCAAAGAAGAUGUUAUACUCGAGCAAUUACCGGUGAUCACAUAACUGAACUUAAUGAAAAAACUCUUACUGGCCGGCUAUUAAAUUACUUGGAAAGAAAUAAAAUUAUUCCAAACAAAAUUGAUAGAAUCACAGACACACUGGAUAUUUUGAAAAGGAAUGAUACAAACAACUUAGGGAAAUGUAAUACAGAGGAGAUCAUAUCUGCUUUUAAUUUAAUAUCAAAUCGUGAAUACUGUAAAAAUAAAACUGAAUUUUUGCUGAUCUUAGAUUUAUUAGAUUUUGAAUUACGCAGAAGAUUGGAUCAGUUGAACACCACUGAGACUUUAAAUGUUUUGCAUACUUAUAUGAAGAUUGUCCCGCACAGAAUAGUAGAUUAUAAAUUUUACGAAAAUUCUAUGAAAAAAUUGUUUAGCGAAUGUAAUACUUUAUCAAAAAAUGAUUUAAUCCAGUACAUUUUUUAUCUUGGUUUACAGAAAAAGACUGCACGAUCUCAAUUUAUGUUAAGAAAAUGUAUGAAUUUGUUAAAUGAAGAAUUAAUAAAUAAUUUAAAUACAGAGGAGUUAUGUGUAAUAUGUAAUUCAACAUUUAAAACAAGUACGAAGAUCAAUAACACAUUAAUUUUGAAUAAAAUUGUAAAUUACAUUAAUAAUAACUUAUGUAUAAUGAAAGAUCCUGCCAUUUUUAUAACACUGAUUAAAGCUAUAAGACACAAUCGUUAUCAGGAUGAGGAAUUGCUUGCCACUAUUACUUGUACGAUGUUUUUCAAUAGGACUAUUAACUGCUAUUCAUUUCCGGCAUUGUGUCAUAUUUUAGCCGCAUAUUCAGAUUUUUUAUAUUACGAUGAAAAUGUAAUGAAAAUAUUUACUGAGAAAUGUGUGGAACUUCUUGGAAACGGUAAUUAUGUUUCAAAACGUAUUUAUCUGCAAGAACAACCUCGAGCAAAGGAUAUAAAGAGAUUUUUAUGGUGUCUCAGUAAUUUGAACUACAAAAAACUUGAUAAAAAAGUCAUUAGGGAAGUGAUCAUACCUAAUGUUAAAAACAGAAUUAAAAUGGGUGAACUCAAGGACGAUUUUGGAUCUGUUAUAGAAAUGGCUUUAUAUUUGUGGAUGUUGAAUUAUUACGAUCCAGAAAUUAUAUCAUAUGUAUUAACAAAGCAAAAUGUACAGUAUAUUAGAGCAUCUGCGGUUCCUGCCAAGCAACGAUUAGAUUUAUUGAUAACUUGUAUAUAUUUUGAGGAUCGGAAACUAUAUAAGGAAAUAAAUAUUCCACUUCAUACUAACGUUUACCAGAACAUAGACCAGCAGCUGGAAAAGAGACCAUUGCUACUCAAAGUUUUUGAGAACUUAAAGUCGAUUCCUUCAAAAUUUGAGGUAAAUAAGUAUACGUUGGAAUGUCAAGUACCAAAUUUGAAUAUCAUUGGGAUAACAGGGUACAGAAAGAAAAUAUACAAAGCAGUUCAUAUUGAGAUAUUGGACGAUUACACGUGCAUGAAGAAUACCGAUAGUUUACCAUCAGGUUUGAUGUCGUUAAAAUUGAGGAUAAUGGAACAAUUUGAUGAGGGUAUUAUAGCGAUUCGAGCAAAUGAGGUGGAAUUGAUGAGCAAUGAAGAACUGUCUAACUUUUUGGAAGAUGAACUUGAUUUGGUUUGCUAGCACCACUAAAGUCAAACUGACAAAAUAUUGGGCAAGUUUAUUUAUAAACUGAAAAGAUUUGGGUAUAUGCUGGAGCAUUUACAUUACCAUUAGGGAGUUUUUGCAUAUCGGUUUUAAGAAUACCGUAAAAGAAAGUCACGUGAGAGGGCAUUGCGCAUCAGUUACCAUUGGAGUUUAUCGUUACGGUAUUCCGAUAUUCAACCCAGAUUACGGUAUUAGUUUACCGUGCAUUUAGGAAGUAAUUUUGUGUACAAAUAAUCAUCCAUUUUUCUUUCACUUGCCGACUGCCGUUUAUCGCACAAGUGUCAAAUGAAAGCAUAACCAUCGGAAUUGAGGUUAGGACACGCUUUACCAUUGCGGAUAAACGACAUGAUGUGCAAAAACUGGAAGCAUUCAGUACACGCUAUUUGUCAAUAUGGCAUUCAGUCACGUGAUUUUAACAUUUAACAUAUUCGUAAAUACCUUAUGUAAAAACUCUAUUGUUUGUACCAUUUACCGUGAUACUGAAAUAAGUAAAAAUAUGUGUUCCGUGGUAGUCAUGAAUAGAAUUGUCCGUCAUUUAUUUACGAUAUUUUUGGUACUUUUUUUAUUUAACUGUAUAUUUUGCACACUGAAAUAAAACAGAAAUCUUCCAACGAUUAAAGGGGCUGAUUUUAUGAAUUUAAUUUGGCUUAAGUUGAAAUAUCACGUAGUGAGAGUAGAUAAUUGUUCAAGAUUUCAUUAUAGACAUAAUAACGUUUAACAAUUAAUAUUUCAAAAACUUUUUCAAGUUUUCACAGGAUUGUGUAUUUGGCCAGCCACACCCUAUUUUAUUUGAUACUGUUAAGGUUGUCGCUCACUUGCCUAUUACAGCAUGGUACAGCUCGUUUAAUUCUAUCCGUAUCCGUAUAUUUAUUCUGUUUAAUACUUCCGUUCCAUUCAAUCCUUUAAUCGGUAUAUUGAUGGGACUGUGCCUUGCUCUAAAGGCAAGCACGUGACAACCAUUUCACUUGAGGGGGUGUACCUUAUAGUAUCACAAUUUUCUGCAUUUGUUUUUUUUUCACUUUUUCUGCUUUUCCUCACAUGUCCUGAUUUUAUGUCCCCAUAAAUAUACUAUUGUACUUAUGUACAAUCAUUUCACAAUUUUUGUUGUUAUGAUGAUUCUGGAUUUUACGAUCUAUAUUGAACUGUUGUACUGUUAUUUUUCCAACAUGACCUAGAUUUACCCCCAAAUGAAACAUGUAAUUCAGUGUUGUUGCAUGGGGCAUGUAGCUCGCAGAAUUAUUUCCAAUAAUUUUAUCAAAGAGAUAUUUCUGGUUAGGCAAAAGGAAGUUUAUAAAAUCAACCGCCAGGGGAAAUUUUUUUUCAGCAUGGCAAAAUACCCAAUUAAAUAAAGUACCAAAAAUGAAUAGGUUGCUAUGUUAAAUUAUUUUCAACAUUUUUAUUAUAAGUAUGUAAUAUUAUACCUAUUUAUUUUGUAGAGUUGUGUGUAUUAUAAAAGCCUACUACGAGCUUGUAAAUUUAGUUAAUUACUGGUGUUCCUGUUGUCGCAUCGAAUUUAUGUGUUUAUAUAUUUCAUCAGUCCAAAAUGCGUUAAAAUCAUUUUAAAAACGGGACCACUCAUAAAAGUAAAUUUGAUUUAGACUUCUAAAUAUCUUAGGAAUAAUUGUACUCCGUCCUUAAGUAGAUAUUCAGUUCUGUUCUUAUAAUUUUUUUUUUUUUGAAAAAUCGUAGUAGUGAUUGAUUGUUAGUACUCGGUAAUUCAGAUUUAAAAUUAUUAUAUUUAAAAGCGUUCAGUAAUGAGACUAAAAAAUAUUUUGUGCAACAAAAUAAAUAGUAUUUAAGUGUUGUAGGAAUGUUUUCAAUAGUUAUUACUUUUACAAUUUUAUUUUAUAACUAGAUAACCAGUUUAUUAAAAGAGAAUGUGGAUUAAAAACAGAACAAAUCAUUACAUAUCUUUUCUUUAUGUAGCAUUGUGAUUUACUAAACAUAUUGCAGCAUGGACAGGCACUCUUGACUGAUAAUAAAUAUUGCUGUACACUAUAUCAAACUAAUUUUUAAAGGGCCCCACAGACUACGUUCGAUUCUCGCCAAUUGAGUUGCGCAUGAACCUGCACGAAUAUGUGAGAAGAAAAAAGCUGUACGGUCUCACCAUCGUGCAAUAUCUGUUUCGGUUAGAUACAUAGUACAUACUACAUAGGCGCACUGACCACAGCGAUAAAUUCUAAAGAAUUCUUAUCCGUUUGGAAUGUGAAAAUAAGGCAUAUGAAGAACUAAUAAAUAAAUAAAAGUGAACGAAAAUGCGUCAAGAUAAAUUAUUAUUACAAUAAUUCCAAAUAGGUCGCUUCAUCCAUUCAUAAAUAAUUAUACUAGUCUCCUCGUUCUACCAUUAAUUGGCUUUAUAAAUUGAAAUAGGAAACAUAUUUUUUCUUAAAAGGCAAUUCUUGUACCAUUUUGUACAAUUUCUUUCUUUUUUACUGCUAUAUUACCGCCUCCACUGCUAGGGGACAUUUUCCAGUGUUUGCACUAAACGGAACGAAGUUUGUGGGGCUCUUUGAAUUAUACCUUCAAUUCAAUUCCAAUAAAAAAAGAUGCUCAAAACUUGUGAUAUAUUUUGAUGUAACGAUUGGUAUAAAAAAUAUGUGUAUAGAAAAUGCCAAUUAUGAAAGUAAAUUCAUUUUCAUUCAUUAACUUUAAAAAAAUAUAAAAAGGAUGUGUUUGAAUCUUAAGGAUAUUGACAUUAAUUAAUGCUUUAGAUGGGGAUUUAUUUAACUUUGUGUAAAUUAUACAACCAUUUAAAAUUAAACAAAUACAGUUACAUGUCUCUUAUCAAGUGAUGAUAUAUUUAACAUUACAUUGAUUGAUGUCGAUAUCUUUUUGCUGUAACGGACUGUUUAUUCAUAGAAAUAAAUAGCUAUAGGUACACUUCGCAUCAAAAUAAACGCAUCACUAAAAGAGGUCCUAAUUGUAAAGUACAUUUCUUGCACAUGGUUAUGGUUUUGAUAACCUUUUUUGAAUUAUAGAUUGAUUCAUAAAUAACAAGGGUAAGGUACAUCUUCGGGCACCUGGUUAACAGGUCAUUUCUCCAGGUUUUCCGUGUUGCAGAGAAAUCGUGACUUCUUCGAAAACAUUUCCCACAUUUCUUGGUUCCGUCCUUUUUUUUUAGACAUCAAUUAUACAUCACCCUCUUUAUUUUUAAACAUCAAUUAUACAACUCUCUCCCCCCGAAAUUAAUUUCUGAAUCCGUCAUAGAUAUUUCGUGAUUGCGUUUUUCCCGAUCGCAUGUGCAGAACGUUUUUUUUUUAGGCAUCAAUUAUAUGAACAGGUCAUGUCUCCGGGUCUGUCAUGAAACAGAUCUGGUAACCGUAACAAGAGACGAUAAGUUUUUUCCAGGAAAUUCCAAAAAUAUAGGAUGUGCCAACUAAAAUAGCAAAUAUACCUCUUUGUCGUGGGGAUACGGCCGCAUAACAGCUGGAUCGUUCAUCGGUUGUCUCACCUAUGACACACUGAUGACGACUAAUAAGUCCAA